AUGGCGACUGAUGUGGUCUUUGAUACGAGCAUGGGCUCGUUCACUGUAGAGCUUUACAAUGAGCAUGCGCCAAAGACUUGUAAGAACUUCGCGACGCUCGCCCAACGAGGAUACUACAACAACGUCAUUUUCCAUCGCAUCAUCCCCAACUUCAUGGUCCAAACUGGAGAUCCUACUGGUACUGGCAGAGGAGGAAGCUCGAUCUACGGAGAGAAAUUUGAGGAUGAGAUCCACCCGGGCCUCAAGCACACUGGAGCUGGUGUGCUGAGCAUGGCAAACAGUGGACCUAAUACCAAUGGAAGUCAGUUCUUUGUCACGCUUGCGCCUACGCCCUGGUUGGAUGGAAAGCACACAAUCUUCGGUCGGGUGAAGAGCGGGAUGCGAGUGAUCCAGCGCAUGGGACUCGUCAAAACAAAUCCAGAGGAUAGACCUGUUGAUGAGGUCAAGAUUAUACGCGCCAAGGUCGUGGAAGACGGCGAGGAGUGA